CAGUGCUUCUCUUUUGUCUUAGGGUCAGCCAAAGGCCUGAGCAUUGAUCAUGGCCACAAUAACCCAAGCACCCGCUGCCCAACAAGGCUCGGCUCAUCCUUUCACCUGUAACACCUGCCAAGUCGCCUUCCGCUCCAGCAAUCUUCAGCGAACCCACAUGCAAUCGGAUUGGCAUCGCUACAACCUCAAGCGUCGCGUGGCCUCUCUACCGCCACUGACUUCUGAAAUAUUCGCGGAGAAGGUGCUUGCGAACAAGGCCUCGGCCGCUGCCACUGCCGCACGCGCAAGUUUCGAGAAGAGAUGCCAUACAUGUGAUAAGACGUACUUCAGCGAGGGCGCUUAUGUGAAUCAUCUGGGAAGUCAGAAACAUCGCAUGUUAGCAACUCGAGGUCGAGGCGUCGACGGUGCUGAGACUGACAGUAUGGCCGAUUCCACCUUCACUCUUGGCGAGACUCUCGACACAGCUAGUACUGCUGCGAGCACGAUCAAUGGAGAAGGUACGGAAACUGCCGAAGAGCCAGAGCUCGAUCGAGUUGUGCAAGACUUGCGUAACACAGGUCUGGCAGAACCAACGCCGUCUGCAACCCCAAAAGAGAAUGGCCAUACUGCUGGGCACGAGAACAUGGACGAUGACGACUAUGAACACAAAGCCGACCUCAGCCAGUGUCUCUUCUGCAACUACGUCUCCCCCACCAUGGACCUGAAUUUGAACCAUAUGUCCAGACAGCAUAGUUUCUUCGUUCCCGAGAAGGACUACUUGGUCGACCUGGCCGGGCUGAUCAACUAUCUAAGUGAGACGGUAAAUGUGCUACACCAGUGUCUGUUUUGUCACAAGCAAGUGCACACAAGUUCAGGCGUGCAAACGCACAUGCGAGACAGAGGCCACUGCAUGAUUGCAUACGGCACAGAAGAGGAGCAGAUGGACGUGGGCGAGUUCUACGACUUUCGAUCAACAUAUUCUGACGAAGAGUCUGAGACGGAAGAGGAUGAGCCCAAUGGUGGGGUCAGUCUUGGUGCGAAGCGUGCAGUCAAGACCACUGUUGACAACGGGAAUGGUGAAGAUGUUGACAUGGAUGAAGACGAUGAUGGCUGGGAGAGCGAUGGAUCAUUGUCCUCUGUGCCGACUGACGAAAUAACGUCUGUGCCCGUGGAUCAAACCCACAAGUUCGAGAGACUGGGUCUGCAUCGUCAUCAUUCUCGCACAGAUCCACGACCGCACAAGAAUACAGAUGGCUACCACUCUCAUGCGCAUCACGGUACACAUGCUGCAUACCAUGAUGAUUACGAGCUACAUCUCCCGUCAGGACGUACAGCUGGCCAUCGGAGCUUGAGACAGUAUUACCGACAGAAUUUACGAAACUACCCAUCCGCAGCAGAGCGUGCCGAGCAACGCAUGAUUGAGGAAGGCCGCCACGACUCCGACGCUGACGAUGAAGAUGCAGAGUCGCAGUCUACCGAACAGAAUGGAGGCUCUCGCGGCAGGCAACUGGUCAGCCGUGCGAAUGGCGGUCUUGGCAUGGUCGGUGUUAGUGAUGCCAAGAAGCGAGAAGUGAAGGCAGUGGAGAAACGUGUUCAGAAGCGCGAACAGAGAGCGGAAGCGAGAUAUGAAUGGACCAAGAACAAGAAGGGCAACUUUCAGAAGCAUUUCCGCGACCAUUUGCUGCAGUAGUGGCUUACAUGGCAUUGGGAGGGAGGAAGACCUCUGUCUAUCUGCAUCACGAGGCCCACUGUGGUACUUGUGACUUUGUGGUUGGUACACGUGCAUGAGGCAGUGCAUUAGCGUAGCAUCUUGAAAUCAAUCUGCAUCGCCC